CCAAGUGGUGCGAGUGACAGCACCCACCUCUGUCCUCCUCCCCCGUAAUCUAGCAGCUGGGUGACAUUGAAGGAUGGCCAGGGUCAAGAUUAUCCCCGAGUCUCGAUCCAACCCCAGUCCAUCCCCCAGAUACGGCGCGCCCAAUCAUCAUCGCCGCGAUCUCCAUACAACCUGCAGCCAGUCAUCUGCGUCCACUUGCAUAAUCCGGGGCGGAGACCCUAUUGCGCAUCAAUUUUGCGAUAUUGUCGAUGCCUCAUCAUAUUCUACCCAGUGCCCAGAUCAACUCCAGCACGCAAGGCCAUAGCGCACCCGAGGGGCUUUGACACAAACAAAACACUAUUUAAUUGCUUCCUGUGUGCGAGGAGAAUCUAGCGGAAUCAGGUACUAGCCCGUGGGUCCCGGAAAGGGGAAGAGUCUUGUGGUGAAUGCGGCAAGAAAUGUCGUUUCUUUGUUCUGAGCUUCCGGUCAAGCUCCUUCAACCCGAAUCGUUGUUUGCUGCCAAAAUGUUCAUAUUCAACCUGCUUUGGUGGUUGUUUGGCCUUCACCGUCUUUUCUCGAACCCCGCAAGAUAGAUGUAUUGUUGCUCAUCAUGCCACCAAAAGAGGACACUCGCAAUGCUAAUAAUAGUCCCGAUGAUGAUGAUGGCCAAGCUACGGUUGACCCUAGAGGUCUAGCGCCAGCAUGGGCAGCAAACAGGACGGAUCUGAUUGAAAGUCUUCCUUUCUUUAGGCAAGCGCAACAGGGGAUCUAUCAACAUAACAAAAUAAUACGUGGGGUAUUGCUUGAUGGCCGCGAGGGGGAACACAGCCACUUUGACGACGAUAUAGUCAUCAUAAAACUCGAUGCCGGCGGUGACAUUACCAAUUCUGGCUACAUGCGACAAUCCACAUCCAGGCUGGAGGCGGCACAAAGAGCCAAAGAUGAGCAGAGUCCUGUUGGGCUGAUUCUUGGUAAAUGCCAAUCUAACCCUAACGACCCAACUUUGUUGAUGCACCGUAAAGCUAAGCUGCAAAUUCUCUAUUUUCAAGGAUCCAAUUCCGACAACCUACACCUCCGAAUAGCACCCGCCAAGCCAUGCAGAUACGCGGUGCUCGGAGAAUAUGUUCUAACCGAUCUCUGGCAUGAGUAUCAAGAAGGUGGAGAUGCCACAGUGACGAUGGCCCGGUACCAGAGACGGCAGUUCCUUCAACCACCGUGGUGGAAGGCCAACAAUAUUGCCUCGGCUCGCUAUCGAGAUCAAAAGCAACGUCAGGUGCAAAUUAUCAGCGACCGAAAACCCACACGCAGCAGAGUUUGCGAAGAAUGUGGAGAACCAUCACCGAAAAGAUACAAAGUCUGGGUGUGCGCCAACCCACGAUGUGAGAAAUUCUCAACGGCAGAAAACGGGGAGGUUUUGUCCGAGGAUGUUUUAUUCUCCACGCAUUGGCUGCUUGAGAGGGUAGCAUCAACCGGCGAGGCAGGCCUUGACUUCGGAUCCAACCGACUCAGACGCCCAACACAGCUAACUGACAUGCGAAAGGGGUCAGUCUGCCCUAAAUGCAGGAAAUGUGUUUCGCGAUUCCACUGGGCGUCGUGGAUCUGUGAAGGACCAUACGGGUGCGGUCACGCCGUCUCUCUGACUGUCGAUAUACCAGAACUCCAAAACCUCUUGAAAGAACGAUCAAGAGGUUUCACUCAAGCCAGACAUCCAUUUCACAGCCUCCACGAUCCCCGAAACCUUGAGCGGGAAUACAUCAGCCACGGGAUUACUUUCAUUGAGUUUAAGCAUGAAAUGCCCGGUGGAAGCGUGAUCAAGCUCCUCAAGUCCCGACCCCCCCGUACAGCUACCCCAGGCACGAUAUUCGACGAUCUAUUCAACAGUAUCAUCUGGGAGGCCAAUCACGGAAGCCACCUUGAUCUCCAGCGCCAUACAGCGUCGAAUAGAUUCACAGGCACCAGGAUCAACAGAUACGAGAUCAGCUUUGGAGAGAAAGGGGACCCGAGUGCAUUUUAUCCAGUGGUCCCUUUGGAAAAUGCACCCGCGUCUGUUCAAACGGUGCUUGAAAUACUCACAGAGCUGUUGGAGGAAGAUAUACAGGAUACGACGGUGAAGCGUACUGAAAAGACCCAGGAGCCCUGGUUGUUGACAGUCACCGCGUACGUGGGCGGUGAACAAAAGGAAUAUUUCAAGCCUGCUGGAUAUAACAGAGCCGGAGACGUGACGGCAACCCUGUGCUUGGGAAGCCCGGUGAGAAUGAGAUGGCGAUACAGCCCUGAUUACUGGAACCACACUCAGGCAGGACGGGUGCUAGAUGGCUCCCCGUUACCAGAAACGAAGCACUUCGCCGCUCUACAACAACUCAAGGGAAGAAAAAUGUCGCGCGGUGAAUACAAAAAGCAGAGACAGGAGAUACUGGACAGUUCUGAUGGUCAAUCACGGCCUCGCAAUGAGAUUCCGACAUAUUUGACUGCUGAUUUGACGCAUGGUGAUAUCCUGAUCACAGAGGGUGAUGCGAUAGGGUCGCGCUUUGACUCGGCGGUGGAGCCACAGGGACUUUUACACAUUCGACUGACAACGUUCAGGGUACAAGAUGGCGGUGAUGACGGAAGAGGAAGAGAAAACAGCGCGGCGAGACGGAGCACCUCUCGAAGUCGCUCAAGGGGAGGCAAUUCCGCACGAGCCACAAAGGCUCAGAGGGUGUCUUCUAGAACGAGAGGAACGCCGGAAAGAACAUUAAAACGGAUUACAAAGGGUCCCUCCAAAACACGGAGAGGCUCUUCCGAAAACCGACAAGAAGAAAGCGCAGUGGAAGCAGAGAGCUCAACGCCAUCCGUACCAAGACGUCGAGGCAGAAAAGCUGGUUCUCGCCAGAAGAAUCAGAAAAGAAAGAGCACGUCAUCAGAUCCCUCCAAAACGCCCAAUUUGAAAACAAGGAGAGCGGCAAAGGAAGCAAGGGAUAGGACAAAAGCUCAAUCGGGACACUCGGAAUCAGUGUCCUCUUCGAAUGUGUCCAUAAUGUCUUCCUCCGAUGGCGAAGACCAAAUACCCAAAAGGCAAAAGACACAAGCUACGCUUACUACAAAAACCGUGAGUGCCCCAACGGGGCCUAAGCUUAAGUCGAUUCUCAGAACUGCCGCCAGUAUGAAACCGAAGAGAACCUCGAAAACAUCGAGGUCAGACUCCCCCGACAUACUCACGACUCUUCAACCAUCUAGUAUUGCCGCCACGACCUCAAAACUGAGGUCAAACUCACCCGACAUACUCACUACCUCACACCAACCAUCUCACACUGCCUCUGGACACAUUCCAACUCUUUCACGGAGAAGAUUCAUAUAUAAAACCCCUAAAAAGCCACAAACCAGUCCACUAAACGCGAGAGAAAUAGAAUAUGUCGAAACAAUCUUGCACCCAGGUCCCGUGCCAACCGACUUGAAUUCCACGACCAAGGUUCUGAACAAGAUUAACCCACCUGGUCUUGAGGGAAGGUCUGUACCGCCGUUGCCUGUACCGCUCAGGCGCAACCCUCGGCCUGUGAUACCAUCAUCAAUACUGAAACCUAGGUGCGGAAGUGCUGCUCCUGUCGUUGGCUCAAAGUCACCUGAGAAGCGCACAGCACAGCACUUACCUUGGGAAAUCGACACACUAGGGGUUCCUGUUCCUCCCACGCUGCUGUCAAACCCAAUACAGGACCAAGAGCGUACGGGCGGCACUGGAGAGUCCAAAGCAAAUCAUCUCGCACCCACAAGUCCGAACACCCACGAGUCUCCCACCUCUUCAAAUCCCCAAGUCAAGACGCCCCUCCUUCCCAGCCCACCGCCUCUCAAAAUUACCAUCGAGAACAACAGCCUCGUCAGCCCCCCAAUCAGCAGCACCCCCACACGACAUCUUCCGGCCACCGCUCGAAGGACAAGCACCACCAUCCCACCCGCCAGCCCAACCCUCAACCGCCAGCGUUCCCUACAACUGCAAGACCCAAACCUCAAAGUCAUCACCAUCUCGCCCUCUCCAUCCCCCUCCCCAGCCCCAGAGCCUCAACCUUCAGCCCAAAACCAUGACCGAAACAGCUCCUCCAGCUCAUCCUCAUCCUCAUCCGAAGACGAAGACGACAACGGCGCCUCGUACAAACUACCGGCCCCGGACACGACGCGGUCGAGGUCGAGGUCGAGGUCGCUGUGGGGAAGAUUGUGGGGGUCGUGAGAUUUCUGCUUGGAAAUGGGGGCCGAUUGAGGGCGGGGAACAAGUUGGGAUUUUGUGUAGGAGGGAUGCUAGAAUGGACCAGCACGGUCCACGCUUCACCUCCAUACAUGCCCCUAUAGGCAUGUUUGAAAAGUUUUGCUGGGGUCGGUGCUGGCCUCACAAAUGUUCAGCAGGGUGGCAAUGCUGGAUCCCCAAAGAUGUUGUCAUUUAUCAACAGGGUGGUUGGCGUGCACGCCCAAGGGACAGUUGAAGAUAUAAGCAGGAACACGGGGUUGUUGUUGUAUGGUCAUAAAGGGCAACGUCUGAGCUAUAACUGAGAUACUUUAUAGUUAACCUUGUCCUCCCAUCUCCACACAUUACUGUAUUAUAGCCUUACAGAAGUCUCCCUUUUCCCCAGAGGCGACACACACAGAAUUCAGAGG